AUGCGCCGGUUUCUGGGUCGUCCCCCGAUAGACCAUGCGAACGACUCCAUUACGAGCUCGCCAAACCCCGCCCUCCCCGUCGUCUACCGCAUCCACGCCUCGCAAGAUGCCGUGUUCCAAGCCGGCGUUCCAAUCGCCGCUCUCGAUCGUUCACCCGACGGCCGCUCUGCUGUGCUAGGUGGUCGUCACAUUUUGAAGAUUGUCCGCUUCGACGGUUGCAAUAUCGAAGAGCAUGCCGACCUGAGAGCCAGCCUGACAGGCCAAGCAGCACGUUCAAACCCAAGCGCAACAGCUUCGGUCGGAGAUAAGCUCUCGAUCAAGGAUGUCAAAUGGGCUUCAUCCAGCGGUGGCGCGCAAUCUCUCUACACAGCUUGCGGUAACGGCAAGAUAUUCCAUUACGACAUUACAAGGUCUUUUGGGGCCAUCGGCAGGCCCGGGGCGGCCCUAGACACCAUCACGAUCCGUGAGGACACGCGCCAGGUGAACGCGCUCGAUGUGAACCCUCAUAGGGAUUCGUGGCUUCUCUCUGGUAGCCAGGACGGCUUUGUGCGGUGCUUUGACACGCGCGACCCCAUAUCCAUCAACCGCGGCGGCCUUACCUUUCGGCAGAUCCACGCCGGCAAGUGCAACGAUGGAGUGCGCCACGUUAAAUGGUCCCCAAAGGAGGGGUUCUGCUUCGCAUGCGGCACUGACAGCGGCGUCGUCAUGAAGUGGGACAGCCGCAUGUCUGCCAAGCCUGUACUGCGGCUCAACGCCCACGAGGCAAACCGUGCAUGCACCACGGUGGCGUGGCAUCACGACGGCGAGCAUCUUGCCAGCGCCGGUACAGACAGCAAGCUGCACGUGUGGGACGCUUCGCCUGGCGCGGACAAGAAACAGAAGCCUAAGCUUUCCAUCACGUUGCCGGCACCGGCUGCCGCAAUGACCUGGAGACCGGGCCAGUGGUCUGCCACGGUACAGGGACGAAGAGCGGCGCAGAUUGCAGUUUCCUAUGACACCAGCAGUGCAGGGAAACGCCAUUCCAACGCCGUCGUCCAUCUUUGGGACUUCGCGCGCCCGACAAUGCCGUAUAGGGAGGUGGACCGAUUUGAUGUCUCGCCCAUGUCCCUCCUUUGGCUUGAUCCUGACCUGCUCUGGACGGCCGGCCCUGAUGGUAUCUUUAGUCAGUGUGACGUUGCAUUUGCCCCCAAGGUCAUUGACCGAACUCCAGUCUCGACAAUGGCUUUCUCUGCUCGUGGUGAUGUCGUCAUGCUACUCGAUGAGCGGACCAAACCGCGUCGACCUCGCCUGCCAGCUUCGCUUCAUCGCAUGGAUAUGCGUCCGCCGCCAGCUGACUCCCCCAACGAGCUAAGUGGCUCCAGCCCUGUCGCCAACAUGUUCAGUAUGGGUCGUAGCGAUUCUGAGGACGAAGUAGUUACUAGCUUCCUUGGCCCCCGGAAACCCGAAGCGCCGGCGGUAAGGAGCAGACGAGCUAGCAUCAAGUCAUCUCCAAACACCGUCAGCACAACACCGCCAUCAACAACCAUCUCCAACGAGCCUGCUGUUGCGUUGGAGCCUUCACUGAAGGUUGCAGGUAUCUACAAAAACCAUCAAUCGAUGGCCAUCGGACACGUCCCGGCAGCGCCUAGGGUUGACGUUUACCAUUUUUUGUCUUCGCAAUAUCUCGAGACUUUGGCGAACGAACUACCUUUCAAUCCCGAGACUGGCAGUAAACCUAUGGUUGACCGCGUAGUGGGCAUACUGCGCCACUACGCUCGAGCAGCUGAUGAAGUCAGCCAAUUUCGCCUGGCACAAACUUGGCGAAUCCUUGCCUUUGCCAUGGACCUCCUUCUCAGAAGCAGGGCUCAAUACCACCUUGGUAGAAGAAUGAACCAGGCCAAGCUCAGGUUGGAAUCCAGCAGAGAAGAACGUGCAAAUGCCAAGGGAGGGGUACAGCCUCCUUAUAAGAACUCAGUCACCAGCGACGAGCUCACACCUCGCCAACAGUAUUCCGUGGGCACACCUCGUCCAUUGGCCAGGUCUCUACUGGCAGAAGAGUUUGAGAGCACCUCCAACGUCCCGACACCAUUAGCUAGGCCAGUCAGCGAUGGUACUGCCCAUCAACGGAAUCAAAUCCAUGAAAGCCCAACAAGCUUGCGCCACGUCGGCGACAGACUCAUGUCCAUAUCAGAUGUUGAGAACCUGAGUCUUCCACCCGCCGUACAUCAUCGUUCGGAAUCGCCAGUUCAGUCACGUAAGCGUCUAGAUUCGAUCCCAUUGUCUGAAGUGAGCCACAGCAGUGAUCACACCCAACAUUCUAUAACGGAGGGCUACGACUUUUACGACAUGGAUGCCAUGGCAAAAGCAAUGGAUGUGCCUCAUGGGUCCAGGAAGGCCUUGGGUUCAACACCGCUUCCGUCUGAUUACGUCGAGCCCAAGUCGCCAGAGAGUCAAAAGCAUCGACCUGUGCUGAGGCAAGACUCAACCGAAAGCAUCGGUAACGUCUUUUACUUUUCGCAGACCAGUGCCGGGAGUUUACCCUCUACGAAACAGUCGGUUAGUCCUGAACUAAAGGCCGGCGCUGUUCAGAGGGGCAGACGUCCAGCUCCUACCAGUGCACCCUCUCAGCACCAGGGGAGCCAGAGUCCCGUCAGUGGCGAGUUUCACAGUCGAAUACGCGGCAGAGACCUGUCGGGCUCCCCCAAAUAUCCUUCGUUGAAGCUUUUGCACCAGCAACGGACGAUGCGUCCGACAGGUGCAAUUAAUACUCAGACUUCUGAUGAGUAUAAUGCAGAUCAUGUCCUGGACAGCCAGACGACCUUGGACAGUCAGUCGCCCCAGCAGGUUGCAUCUGAUGGGCCCGUCGCAAGUCUUCGUGCUUCUGUAGAGCCGCCCCCUCCAAUCCCUAAUCUACGCACACCCAGCGAAGAUGAAGAGUCCUCUAGUAUCAUCGAGGGCGACUACUUGCCGUGGCAAGAUGACCCGCCAUAUCCCUUUCCCACCCUACAAUCUGGGCAAGAAUCGGAUGUACCACUGGACAAUUUUCGUGCUACGCCGCUGCAACCAUAUGCACUGCUUGCGCGUGCGCUCGACUUUGAGAAGAAACAUUCCGCACUGAACGCCUCCGCGAUGAUAUUGUUACUCAGGCCUCUGGUGCCUGAUGGUCUGAUAGACGCCCAUCUCGCCACUUCCAUCCUACGCCAGCACCACUCGCGACUAAUGGGCAUGAAUCUAUUCGUCGAAGCUGCGCUUCUGCGCAAGCUGUGUGUCAGGGGUUGGCCUGGAGGUAUCCUGGAGAAUUACUGGGUCGAGGGAUACCCGGCCGUAUUUUCACAGGCGCAGCAGGGCGUUAGUGUUGGGUACGUUUGCGGAAAUUGCAAGAGGCCGCGCGAGUUAGACAGGUCAUCAACGUCAAGCGAUACAGUAUGGAAGCCGUGUAAAAAGUGCCAGACUCCAGCAGGACCCUGUUCGAUAUGCGGACAUCGUCAUGUUACAGCUAUUGUCGAUGACUACGACAUUCCCGCAGCAGAAGAAAACGGGGGAGGAGAUGGCAAAGCCCAGGAGCAAGAUGGUGCAGGAUACGCCACCAGGCCCUCCAAGAUGCCUCCCCUUUCUACAUGGUGGUAUUGCCCCACUUGCGCACAUGGCGGACAUUCUUCGUGCAUGUCCAUAUGGCACGGCGUCUCGCUUAACUCGCGGCAGGCUGAUGGCACAACUGGGCUUGUCGGCGGUGGAGUUGAAAUUGGGGAUGCAUUUCCUUAUUUGGCACCCGAGAUGAUCCCAGGCGCCGGAAUCUCGGACGGAUGCUGCCCCGUCGAUGGGUGCGGCCACGCCUGCCUCCCUGGCCGCUAUCGCGCAGAGUCCACCGUCGCGCGGACGGAAGAGGUGAGCCGCACUAGCCUGCGCGAAGCCGUGGCGGCCGCGACGAGGGCUUCUUACUCUGCAGGGCCCAGCGCCCGGGGCUCACCAGUCCUGCCACCUGGCGGGGGCCAGCAACCUCAGCACUUGGCGGGUCUGAGCGAUCUCAGCCUAGGUCUUGUCCGGGGCGAUCCACACGAGGCGCCACAGAGCCGGGCCGUUGAUGGCGUACGCGAUGCCCUCGGUGGACAUCUGGAUCGCGCCUUUGCAGCCGCGGGCGCGGCCAGACGGGGCGGGAGCAUCUCCCUGAGCUCAAGCCCCGGGCAUGCUGGGGGCAUGCUUGGCGGCGGCCCUGGUCCUGUAGCUAGUGGACACUUGCCAUUUGGGCAUGAAAGGGAAAGGAGAAAGAGCGUCAAGUUUGCUGGGGCUGAUGAGAGGAGGUGA